AUGGAUGGUGUUGGUCCCUUCAGCUUCAAGACAAGCAAGCCCGUGGGUCAAUCCACAGACUACAUGGUCGCAGUUGUGGUCGAUCUAGGGACCAUGGAGUCCCAGGGCUUGACAAUCACCUCGGGCAACGGAAUCUCCAAAAAGAACAUGUUGGCACCUGGCGAGGUCAACACUAUUGACAGGCUGACCAAAUGUCUCGACAAGUUUUUGAUUUUCUUUGGCAUCACGAGUGUCCUCAAGAAGGUCCCAGGAUUUUUGCUCAUCAUCACCCUUGCCGAGGGUGUCCAGGUGUAUGAGUCAACCAUGAAUGACAUUUAUGACGAGCUCACCCCGGUGACCGCGUACAAGCCGUACAUAGUUGGGCCUGGAAACCACGACUCGAUUUACGACAACGGCGGGUAUCCCGACACGGUCCACAACAUCUAUACACUGUCAGCAUCUGGAUGCCUGGGCAGGUCAAUCCACGGGCGUUAA